CGCCCUUGCAGACAGACGCUCGCUGCAUCACGGUGUCACGUGACCGAGGUCAAAAUCAAUUACAUGACCUCUGUCUGACGAUGAGGCCAAACGACGCCAUAACUAUAUCUACCAGCCCUUUCUCCUCUUUUCUUAGAACCGUCUGAUGAAGAUUGAAUCGUUACCAUCAUUAAUUCAUGAGGGUCUCAUCUCUCGGUUUCACCAGAGCACGGCCAGCCACUCUCAUUCAGUUUCUGCCCAGAAGGGCCUUUUCCCAUUCAUCAUCGUUCAUAGUCACAAUGGCAACCCCUGCAGAGUCACUCCCGUCAGCCUACCAGCCUCGGUAUAUUGAUAUCGGUAUCAAUUUGGCGGAUCCCAUUUUCCGAGGUCUGCAUCACGGCAAGCAACGUCAUCCCGAUGACCUUGAAGGCGUCAUCUCAAGAGCAAAGGAAGUUGGGUGCUCCAAGCUGAUCGUUACCGGCUCCGACUUUACUAGCUCUAGAGACGCUCUGGAAAUUGCCAAGCAGUAUCCCGGCGUCGUAUACACGACGAUUGGGAUUCACCCGUGUAGCAGUGCGAUAUUCAGCAGCUCCGACGAAGCCGCCGAGGGCAUGCACACUGACCCGGACCCAUCCAAACCUAUCCCGGACACCCAUGAACCGGACCCCAACAAGACGGAGGCCAUUAUUAGCGAGCUCCGUGACCUCAUCAAGGAUUCAACUGCCUCCAAAUCCGGCCUCGUCGCCUUUGGCGAGUUCGGCCUCGACUAUGACCGUCUGCACUACUGUUCCAAGACCAUUCAGCUCCACUCUUUCGCUGCACAGCUCGAUCUUGUUCUCGAGACGAAGCCGCAGCUGCCUCUCUUUCUUCACUCGAGGGCCGCCCAUGAUGACUUCGUACGCCUGCUCAAGGAGAAGUUCGGCGAAAGACUCGAAAAGCUCAAGAAGGGCGGCGUGGUCCAUAGUUUCACUGGAACCAUCGAGGAGGCCAGGGAGCUGAUGGACCUCGGCUUGUACAUUGGCAUCAACGGUUGUAGCUUCAAGACCCAGGAGAACUGUGAAGUCGUCAGGCAGAUCGCGCUCGACAGGAUGAUGAUCGAGACCGACGGCCCAUGGUGCGAGAUCCGGCCGAGCCAUUUCGGGUUCAAGUAUCUCAUCGACAAGAAACCCGGGGCCAACGGCACCAUGGACGGGGCUGCGAUGCAGGAGCAUGCUCAGAAGCCUCAGGGUAAGAAGCGGAGCCAUAAGAAGGAGCCCGAAGUUCCCGAACGCUUCAAGGUCGUCAAGAAGGAGAAGUGGGAGGAGGGCGCCAUGAUCAAGGGCCGGAAUGAGCCCUGCAUGAUUGAGCGUGUCGCCAAGGCUGUAGCGGGCAUCAAAGGAGUGGAAGUCGAGGACAUCUGUGAGGCAGCUUGGAGAAACACUGUCAAGGUUUUCGCUGUAGAUCGAUAGACGCAUAGACUGGUGAACAAUUUUGUUUGGGGUAUC